AUGUUCACAAAUCUUCUUAUAUUAGCAUCUUGCUACUCAUUAAUAGGAUGCUUAUCUAUUGAUCCUAGUUCAAGUAAAAAAUACAUUGAUGGUAAACAAUAUACAAUAAAAAAUGUCGGUGGCACAUAUACACAACGUAUUUCUGAUGACGGUAUAUGUACAGUAGAACUAAAUGAAGAAUCUAAAAUAUUAAAUGAAGGUGAAAUAAUAAAAAUAAAAAACAAAUGGUUUAAAGUCGAAGGAUGUCAAUUAAAUCGGGCAUAUCCUGUAGCAUGUGGUUCAAAAUUAUUUUAUCAAUUACGCGAUUUAAGUUGUUCAUUUAUUGAACAAAAUCAUAAUAAAAAAAUUGAUACACAUCGACAAAUACACAAUGAUCUUAUUGAAUAUUUAGAUCGAACAUACUACAAUGAUUGUUGUGAAAGUGCAUGUACAGUAUCCGAAUUUAUUCAAUCUUGUCCUAUAGAAUGGUAA